AUGAAAGAGCAGCCGCAACCACAGCCGCAGCCGCCUUUCGACAGAACCGAUUUCGUGCCGAGUCACACCGGCGACGACAUUCUGCCCGCCGACCCCCUUUUCACUCGCCUGCUAACCCUUGCACACCGUCGCAACCCAAGGCCGGCGAUACGCGACGUCAAUGCAGGGAUUGAACGGACAGCUGCCCAGCUGCUGAGCGAUGUCCUCAUCCUGCGAGGGGUUUUGAGAGACUCUCUCACACCCCGAGUGGUGGAUGAUCUGCGGGAUGGGAGGGAAGUUUUCGUCAGUCUCCUCGCCCCUGGCGGGUAUGAGUUCGUCGUGGGCGUGUUGGCCAUCAUGGCCUUAGGGGCCGCUGCGAGUCCGUUUAGCAGCGCACAGCCCGUCAAGGAGGCUUGCUACUACGUCAACAAGGCGCGUUCGGUGGCGCUCGUUACGGCGACUCCGGCUCUCGAGCUCGGUAAAGCCGUGGCCCGCGAAAUCCAGGGCACCACAGACACAGGCUUUGGAUUUGUGCCCAUCAAUGCAAUCGAGAGGGUACCGCCGGUUGCGUUGGACAAGAUCAAGAUCUCGUCGAAUCGCUACAACGAUCCAAACGCGCCGGGUGUGGUCAUCUUUACUUCUGGGACGACGGGGCCGCCGAAGGGCGCCGUGCUCAAGCGCGCGGCCAUGAUUGAAGGAGCCUUCUCCUUCGCGCAGCAGAUCGGGCUACAGGAGACAGACACCCUUCUGCAUCAGCUCCCCGUCCACCACGCCACGGGCAUCUGGGUCUCGUUUUUCCCCUUCAUUCAAGCCGGCGCUUGCAUCGAGUUCAAAUCCGGCAGUUUCGACCCCGAAUGGACGUGGAAUCGGUGGCGCCAAGGUGGUUUGACGCACUACACUGGCGUGCCGACAAUAUACAUGCGAAUGAUGCGGUAUUACCUCGAGCGCGCCACGAAGCUUCCGCCCGCAGAGGCGAGAAGUUACAGCGACGCUGCCGCAGCCUUCAAGGUCUGUUUGUGUGGCACCUCGGCCUUGCCAAAGCCCAUCAACGAUUUCUGGACCAGACUGUUGGGCCGCAGGAUCGUCCAACGGUAUGGGUCGACGGAGCUGGGCGUUGUCUUCGGCAUGUCCCCCCACUCGAGCGAAGACAUCCCUGACGGCUCUGUCGGCGAAUUGUCAUACGGUGUCGACGUCAGGCUCUCAGAUGGCGACGAAGGCGAAGUGCUCGCCAAGUCCUGCAACAUGUUCUCCAAAUACCUCCAUGAUCCCGAAGCGACAGCAAAUGCCCAUGACCUGGAUGGCUAUUUCAAGUCCGGGGACGUGGCCAGACGUGUAGGAAAAUACUACUACAUCGUGGGUCGCGCGUCGGUGGACAUCAUAAAGUCGGGCGGGUACAAGAUAUCGGCUCUGGAUAUAGAGCGAGAGCUGCUGGCCCUGCCGUACAUCGGAGAAGCCAUGGUGGUGGGUGUGCCCGAUAUAGAAUUCGGCCAACGAGUCGGUGCGGUCGUAUCACUCCGGGAUGACGAAGUCGCUCAGCAGUUCUACAAGGAGAACAAUCGAAAUCCCAAGAACUUGAGCCUGGGUGACUUACGCGCCGACGUACGAGAUCGGCUUGCUGGAUAUAAGCUGCCAACACUCUUGAGGCUCGUCAAGGGUGAGUUGCCCAAGAGUGGCACAGGCAAAGUGGUCAAGAAGACCCUGGGCCCACAGUACUUCCCUCAGAAUUAUCAGGAAGAUCGAGAAGUGCAAGUCUGGAGCAACAAGUCAGUUCUCCGAACAGCCAAGUUAUGA